CAGGGUCUUCCAUGCCCACUAUGACUUCACCCAGUUGGCCUGUGAAAGGCAAUCAGGUCAUUGUCCACAGCUACCAGGUCUUUCAUGUCCACUGUAACUCCCAGGACCACAGCCCUUUCGCGCCUACCAUGCCUUCUCCACCUGCGAGAUCCUCAAAGCCCAGCAUGCCUCCAGCAUCCACCGGACCUUCCAAGCCCGCCACAUCUCCCAAGCCUCCUGACUCCUUGAAGACCACCUUACCAACAACGCCCAACACCUCCUCAGUGCCUACCAAGCCAUCAACAGCCCCCAACUCGGUCACGAGCCCAAGCAGUUCCAAGUCCACCCGAUCCACAAGUACCAGGACACCUUCCAACCAGCCCAGCAGCAAGUCCCGGGUCCGAAGCAAGGGGAGAACACCCAGCAGGGCCAGCACUGAGACCAAGGCCAGCGAGGCAAGACGCCACCGGCAGAGGAGCACGCACAGCCGGGGCAGAACUACCGGCAGAAGGGGAAGCCGCAACUCCAACAGGUCGCCCAGUAGGGCCAGCACUCCCAGCAGGAUGAGAACUCAGGGGGCCAGAGCAGGCAUGCCCAGAAGGGUGAGUACUCCUACUUCCCAGCACAAACACCAUGGGGGGAGGAGUCACAGCCGGCCCGGAAGCACCAACCAGGAAAGGAAUGACAGCCAGCCUAGAACUAUGAGCAAGGAGAAGAGUUACAGCCCACCGGGGGCCUCAGGUGUGGGAAGCAAUUCCGGGCUGGCUGCCAUCCCCAGCAGGGCAAAGAGUCACAGCCCGACUAGGACUGCCAUCAAGGAGAAGAGUUACAGCCAUUUUCCACUGUCCCCAAGGAGAGUGAAGAGUAACAGUCAGAUGAUCACCCCCAGUAGGGAAAGGAGUCACAGCCCACCUAAGCUGUCUGGCGAGGUCAGGAGUUACAACCAGCCUAGUGCACCCAGCAGGGUCAGAAGUCAUAGCCAAAGUCACAGUCAGUCUAGAACCCCCAGAUGGGCAAGAAGUCACAGUCGGAAGAGGACCUCCAGCAGGACCAGAAGUCACAGUCAGAAGAGGAUCAUCAGCAGGACCAGAAGUCACAGUUGGGAAUCUCAUAGUAGGGCAAGAAGUCGCACCCGGAAGCACACCCCCAGCCAGACAAGAAGACAUAGCCAGUCUAGAACCCACAGCAAGACGAAAAGUCAUACUCAAUCUAGAAGCCCCAGAAGGGAAAGAAGUCAUAGUCAGUCUAGAACCCCCAGUGAGGAAAGAAGUCAUAGUCACAGUCGACCUAGAACUUCUAGUAAGGAGAGAGAUCACAGCCGAUCUAGAAGGCCCAGCAAGGAGAGUCCUAGCCGAUCUAGAACCUCCAUCAAGAAGAGAUAUCAAACUAGACUAUCCAGCAGGGAGAGAGAUCAUAGUCGAUCUGGAACCCCCAGCAAGGGGAGGCAUUUUUCCCCAUCUAGAACCUCUACCAAAAAGAGACAUCACAGUCUAUCUAGAACCCCUAGUAAGGAGAGAGGUCGCAGCCGCUCUAGAACUGUCAGCAGGGAGAGAGGCCAAAGCUGCUCCAGAACUCUCAGCAGGGAGAGAGGCCACAGCCGCUCUAGAACUCUCAGUAGGGACAGAGGCCGCAGCCACUCUAGAAUGCACAGCAAGGAGAGAGGCAGCAGCCACUCUAGAACUCUCAGCAGGGAGAGAGGCCACAGCCGCUCUAAAACUCUCGGCAGGGAGAGAGGCCGCAGCCGCUCCAGAACUCUCAGCAGGGAGAGAGGCCGCAGCCGCUCUAGAAAUCUCAGCAGGGAGAGAGGCCGCAGCCGCUCUAGAACUCUCAGCAGGGAGAGAGGCCGCAGCCGCUCUAGAACUCUCAGUAGGGAGAGAGGACGCAGCCACUCUAGAAUGCACAGCAAGGAGAGAGGCCGCAGCCGCUCUAGAACACACAGCAAAGAGAGAGGCUGCAGCCACUCUAGAACGCUCAGCAAGGAGAGAGGCCACAGCCACUCUAGAACCCCCAACAAAGAAAGAGGCCACAGCCGCUCUAGAACACUCAGCAAAGACAGAGGCCGCAACCGUUCUAGAACCCCCAACAAAGAGAAAGGUUGCGACGGAUCUAGAACUUCCAGCAAGGAGAGCGAUCACAGCCGAUCUAGAAUCCCCAGCAAGGACAGAGAUCAUAGCCAAUCUAGAAACCUCUGCUGGAAGAGCUCCUCUAGCAGGGCAAGGAGUCCUAGUCAGAAUAGAACCCUCAGCAAGACAAGAAGCCCCUCCCCAUCAAGAAUUCUUGGCAGAGUCCAAACCCCAAGACAGGAUGAUAUUCACGCCAACACCACCACGUCGAAGACCACCUCACCUGGGGAGAGGUCUUCAUCAUCUUCUUCUAAGCUGGCGUAG